AUGGAUACGCUUGCCAAGUCGCACAAUCGAGACAAGGAAGCGAGCUCGAGAUCCGGGAGCUGCGCGGAUGGCUCACCACUGUUGUCGGUCGGAUCUGCCUCGAUCAUCUCAAAUCGGCCGCAGUCAGAAGAGAAAGCUAUGUCGGACAGUGGCUUCCAGAGCCGAUCGUCACGCCCGUCGACGCCACCGCGGGCACACCCUCAGCGACACCCGAUCCGCUGGAGUACGAUCGUGACGCAGGAACAGAAUCGUUUUGCAGCCCUCGUCGUCCUGGACACCCUUACUCCCGCUCAACGCGUUGCCUUCGUCCUGCAUGACGGCUUCGACGUGCCCUUCGCCGAGGUUGCGCGCAUCCUCGACAUCGAAGUAGCCACUGCCCGUCAGUUGGCCUCGCGGGCCCGUAAAGCCGCAGCGUCGGCGCCGGUCCCGGUCAGUAGCGAGGAGCAUGCUGCCGCCGUCGAGCGAUUGGUGACGGCUAUCGCGAGUGGAGAUCUGAACGCCGUGAUCGAUGCACUCGAUCCCGAUGCCGUCCUGAUCGGUGACGCAGGCGGAACUACCCGCACGGCUGUCAACAUUGUGCGCGGCAGCGAUCGUGUCGCGCGGUUCUAUCUGGGAUUGGCCCGCAAGUACGGACCGGCAGCGGUGUUCUCGAUGUCACCGGUUCUCGUCAACGGACAGCUCGGCGGUGUAUUCGCCGGCUCACCGGGGGACGACCAGUACCCGCAGUUCGCCGCUCGCGUUGCCGGCUUCACUGUCCGCGACGGAGUUGUGUGCGCAGCCUACGAUAUUGCGAAUCCAGCCAAGUUCAGCGCUGUGCCGAUGCUCGAUCACACCGAACCCGAACGCAAG